AUGGAUGAGGAUGGAGGUGCCAGUUUGGGCGGCGCGGCGAGGGAGGCGCCCGCCUGUCUUGGUGGCGCGACGAGGGAGCCCCCCGUCGGUCUAGGCGGCACGGCGAGGGAAGGGCCCGCCGGUCUGGGCGCAGCGCCGAGUGCGGCCCCCACCGGUCUGGGCGCAGCGCCGAGGGAAGGGCCCGCCGGUCUGGGCGGCGCGCCGAGGGGCGGCCCCGCCGUUCUGGGCGGCGCGACCGGCGCGACGAGGGAGGCACCCGCCAGUCUGGGCGGCGCGGCGACAGGCGUCCCCGCCGUUCUGGGCGACGCGGCGAGGGGCGGCCUCGCGCAGGCGGGAGCUCGUGGGCUAAGCGCUGCAUCAGGCAUGGAGCAAGAUCCGUCCAAGGGUGAUUUCGGCGGCCAGGAUGAUGGUGACCAAGGUCUGGGCGUCGGCGGACGAGGUCGUGGCCGUGUUGGCAAUUUCAGGGGUGGCGGCCAAGGCCGUGGCCGUGUUGGCCAGGGUGGCGGCCGUGGCCGUGGCUGUGGCACCGGGCAUGGCAACGAGAAGGCAUCAAAGAGAAACGCUCCUGACACGGGUGAUUCAAUUGAAUGGACUGAUGCAAACACGACGAUCAUAUGUUCGUUGUUUGCCAAAUUGGUUAAGAAAGGGAAUAGACCGAACACUCAUUUGAACUCAGUAGGCUAUGAUGAGGUCAGCAAUGAAUUUUUCAACCUCACAGCAAUUCGUUUGACCAAGCGGCAAAUGAAGAACAAGUGGGAUAAGUUGAAGAUCGAUUUAACGACUUGGAAGAAAUUAAUGAGGAAGCAAACGGGUGCGGGAUGGGACGGAGCAAGAGGUGUGAUUGAUAUGGAUGAUGAGUGGUGGAAGAAGGCAAGGGCGGAUAUUCCAGGUUGCGGCAAGUUUCGAAAAAAACCGUUGCAAAAUGAGGAGGACUUGACAGUGAUGUUUGCUGACAUAACUAAUGAUGAAGGCGAUCAUUGGAAUCCUAUGAGCUCUAAUCCCAUCAUACCACCAACAAAAGAGGAUGUUGACAACGGAUAUGUGAAUGAGGUUCAUGAUGUCCCUGAUGAUUGUGACGAUGACGGAGUUGCUUGGGAUGAAACAGAUGAGGUCCAAGAGAUUACUCCUUCUCCUACUAUUUUGUUAGCAAACAAAAGAAUUCCACCAGCAAAGAAACAAAGAACUGGAACAACACAAGUUAUUCAGGAACAAGUAACCAAGAUUGCUGAGUCCGCUUCCUCUUUUACAUCUAAAAAAUUGGGUGAAGUAAUUGUGCAACAAGUCAUGAACCUUGUGUUGGAAUGUGGGGCAGGAUAUGAUACAGAUGUGCAUUAUAUCGCCACGGAGUUGUUUGUGAAGAAGGACCAAAGGGAAAUGUUCAUGACCCUGCCAACAAACGAGAUUAGAUUUAAUUGGCUUCGCAGAAAGUACAAUGUCAAGUAUGGCAAUUGA